AUGAUUGAUACUCAGAAAGAAGAAAUAAUUUCUGUAGAGACGGAGGUCUUCGAAACAACACCAGAAGUGAUUGCUGAGACAGUGGGCACAACUGAAAUUGCUGAAGACGUUCCAUUUGAAAUUAGAGAAACUGCUGAAGAGGAGAUCUCAGAAAAGAUAGAAGAGGUGAGUGAACAAGCAUUUGAGCAACCCAUUGAAGAAAUUGUUGAAAAGGAAAAAGAAACCAUUGUAUCAACUGAGGAGACAUCAUUUGAGGUUGAAGAGUUUGAAUCAAUUGUUGAGGAGGUCAGAACUGAAGAAUUUGUGGAUGAAUACAAGGAAGAAUUUGUUAAUGUUGAAGGUGUGUCUGAAGAGUCAGAGGAAUUUGUCAUUGUUGGUGAAGCACCACUGGAGACAGAAGAGAUUGUAGAGGAAGUUCCUCUGGUACAGGCAGAAGAAAUUUCUGAAGCUCUCGAGGUCAGUCAGCCGGAAGUGGUAUCUGAGGUCCUGCAGGUCGCUGAGAUCAUUCCUGAAAAACCUGCUGAGGUUGCUCCAGAGAAAGAUGUCAGCACUGAAUUACUGGGUGAAAUACCUCAAGAAGCACAGACUGCUGCUGUGGUUACAACAGAAGAAACUCUUAUCUCUGUCACUCCCAAAGAUAUCCAGCCAAGUUUUGUGGAUAUAGAAGAGAAGGCCCAACCAACAGAGCUCCAAGUGGAGGAGGUGGUAGCUCUACCUGCGGAAGAAACAAUAGCUGAGGUGCAGCCCAAAACUUUUGAACAGACACCUCAAGUAACAGAAGUUGAACUCAAAGAGGCAGUGGAUGACAGACAGAAACCUGAAUUCCACAAAACAUUGAGGGAUGUUGUUGUUACAGAACUGUCAAGGGUUGAACUGGAGGUUUCCUUCUUUGCCAAACCUGCACCAACAGUGACAUGGUACAUUGACAACAAGCCAGUCAAGUCAACUGCAGAUUUCCACAUUACCACCACUGAGACAAAGAGUGUCAUGGUUAUUUCUGAAAUAUACCCUGAAGAUGAGGGCAUUUAUAAAGUUGUACUUGAAAAUGAAGUUGGCCGAGUUGAAUCUGAGGCCACUGUUACAGUAGAGUUCAAAACAACAGAACAACGUGCAGAGGUGACCACAGAGGAAGUGACAGUAUCCACUGUCACCACAGAGAAGGUUGUGGAAGAAACUACUAGCCUUGACUUUGAGGUCGACAUCAGGCAGGAAGAAGAAGAAGAAGAAAUCUUCUUAGAGGAGAAACCCAAAGAAAGCCCUACAGAAGUGGAGGCAACAUUUGCAGCACCAGAAGCUCCCCGUUUCACGCAAACUCUCCAGAAAGAACUUGUUGUAUUGGAGGGCUCCAACAUUACACUUGUGUGUUUUGUAGUUGGCAAGCCCACGCCCACCGUUACCUGGUUUAAAGAAGAAAUAGAGAUUACACAGAGUACACGUUACAUAUCAACAUAUGAGAACGGCAGGUGCACGCUGACCAUCAACAAUGUAACGUUUGAAGAGGAAGCAGAGUUCAUCUGCACAGCCACCAACGAAGCUGGCGUGGCCACCACAUACGUGGACAUUUUCGUACAAACAUGUGUGACCAGUUGCCAGAAAUGUUAUGUACAGUGCUUGAAUACAGACAGUGCAUGUUUUAUUUUGAGUAUGUUCAUUGAAAAUUUUGCUUGUAUUAAUUGGAGUCAUUCAUACAUGUUUUCAUGA